AUGUUGUUGAGCCGCGUUUUCGGGCGUUUGGCGCGGAUUCGAAAAUUGCACGUUAAUUGUCCUGUGGUGCUGGAACAUUGUGCAGGUGUGAAAUUAGCGCAUCGCGGGUGUCUCUGUGGUCAGUUCACUGUUCGGAAUCGGCUCGUCUGUUCUUUGCCGGCUGUCAACAUGGUGAAUCCCCACGUCCUCGAGAAGGCCACCAAAGUGAUUCAAUUGGACGCGAAAACGGCAUUCGAUGCCCUGGACGCGAAACAACAGCUUUACUCGCAUCACAUUAGUCGGGCUUCGUGGCUCGGGGGACUCAUUGUUUUGCACCAGACUUCCCCUGAAGCCCCGCUGAUUUUCGUGACGCUGCAUCGUGCAUUUGCAUCUCAAACUUUCCAAGAACUUGCGGAUGCCGUGAAAGCUGCAGGAAUUUCUGAUGAAGACUUUCACGCUAUUGAGCUCUACAUGGCCGGCUUCUAUGCGAAUAUGGGCAAUUACAAGGGCUUUGGCGACAUCAAAUUCGUGCCUGAAGUGAGCGUGGAAGUCAUGGAGAAGUUCAUCAAGGCAUCCAAGGCCUACAAGCAGGAUCCCAAGGGCAUGGAUGAGUUGUGGGGCCUCAUCAAGGGUCCUUUGUUCUGCUUGAAGAAGGGUGUGGAGUUCCUUGGGUUCAAUGGCAAGGGGGUGACGACGUAUUUCUCCAGCAACUGCACUGAAGAGGAUUCCAAGCUUGUCGGCAGAUUCAUGACUUCGAAGAACAUGGGCAUGUACAUCAACAGGGUCUUCAAAACGAUGCAAGACAAUAAACCUGUGUAUGAGAUUAGAUUCCCGUCUGCCAAAUCAGACCCUUUUCCCAAGAAAAUUGACGAGGAGUUCGAAGGUUCGAGGUUUGUGGUGACGAGAGGAGAUUAUGAUGAGUUGCUGCAGCUGGUUGCUGAUGAACUCAAGAAAGCUGCUGAUCACGCGGGAAAUGAUAAUGAAAAGAACAUGUUGCUCAAGUACUCAGAAUCGUUUGAAGACGGCUCUUUGGAUGCUCAUUACGACGGUUCUCGGUUUUGGAUUAAGAACAAGAGCCCGGCUGUGGAAACGUACAUUGGGUUCAUCGAGACGUACCGAGACCCUGCUGGAGUUCGCGGCGAGUUUGAGGGCUUCGUCGCCAUGGUGAACAAGGAAAUGUCUGUGAAAUUCUCUGCUUUGGUGGAAAAUGCGGAAACGCUCUUGAAUCACAUGCCCUGGCCCAAGGAGUUUGAAAAGGACAAAUUCCUGAAACCGGAUUUCACGUCUUUGGAUGUCCUCACAUUUUCUGGUUCCGGGAUCCCCUCGGGCAUCAACAUCCCCAAUUAUGAUGAAAUACGACAGUACGAGGGUUUCAAAAACGUCUCGUUGGGGAAUGUCAUUUUCGCCAGUUCUAAAGUGAUCGCCGGCGAUAUUUCUUUCCUGAACGACGAUGACGCAAAGUUGGUUGAGAAGUACGGGGUUCAGUCUUUCGAGCAGUUGCAAGUUGGCCUUCACGAACUGCUCGGCCACGGAAGCGGGAAGUUGUUCGUCAAGGACACUUCUGGCGGAUUCAAUUUUGACAAGAACAACUUGGUGAACCCGUUGACGGGAUCGAAAAUCACGUCUUGGUACGAACCCGGGGAAUCGUACGACUCCAAGUUUGGCGCGUUGGGGAGCGCGUAUGAGGAAUGCAGAGCAGAAACAACCUGCUUGCAACUUUCGCACAUUCCGGAAGUACUCCGUAUAUUUGGAUACGAAGGCGAAGAAGCCGAAGUGAUGAAGAGGGUCUCUUGGCUGACCAUGGUGUAUUCCGGGUUUGCCAAGGCCCUGGAAAGUUACCAGCCGUCGACGAAGGCCUGGCUUCAGGCCCAUUCUCAGGCCAGGUACGUGAUCUUGAGAGUCUUGCUGGAAGCAGGUCAGGACUUGAUCACUGUCGAAGAGGUCACCGGCUCUGACGGGAAGCCAGACCUCAGGCUGCAAGUGGACUACUCCAAGAUUGACUCUGUCGGUCGACCCGCUGUGGCUGCCUUUCUGAGAAAACUCCAGGUGUACAAAUCAUGCGGUGACAUUGCUGCAGCCAAGGAGAUGUUCAUGAAUUACUCCGAAGUUCCGGACGAGGGCAAAUUCCCAUUUGGGAAAUGGCGGGAAAUUCUCAUGGCUCGCAAAAAGCCGAGACGUUUGCUUGUCUGUGCCAACACUUCUGUCGAAGGCGGGAAAGUGCAACUCAAGUCAUAUGAUGGAGACGUGGUCGGAAUGAUCCAGUCAUUUGUGGAUAGAUACCCGCUGUCUUCGAACGAUGGUCAGGAUUUGACUCAAGUUGUGCACAAGCUUUGGCAAAAGGAUCAGAUCCACUUUCCUCUGUUGGCUGAUGAUGCUUGAAUUAUUAUUGAUCUUCGAAAAGGCGUACUGUACUUUCCCUAUAUAUUCUUCAUUGUCGUGUGUCAUCUUUUGAAAUGCGAAGUACAGUGAGAGAAAUUUCGUGAAAAAUAUA